ACCUGAGCAGGUAUAUUCUCUAUUGGGAAGCACCUUUAAGAACCAGUGAACGUGCACGGAGAAGGUGGCACUUCCACCAGAAACUGCUCCCACCACUCAAAGCCUCCAGCCAGUCUUUUGGUUUGUUUGUUGUGUUUACUUGAACAGCCCGAUGGAGAACCGGAGCAGAGUUCUUCUCGUCUUUCUGAUCUGCCUCGCGUGCUGCUCUGAGUCGCACGGCGCCAGACUGGACGCAUACGGGAAGGUGGUCAGCCUGCUGUCCCCGGGCGAAGACGACCUGAGUGAAAGCGCCGUCCGCUCCUUUUUCAAGCUGCUGGAGAAACGUGUGCAAUGGGCCGAUGUGUCGUGUGAAAAGUCCCUGCUGGAAGAGAACGUAGGCCAGUUGGUCAGUAACUACACCAGCUCCAGCGGUCUGCAGGCGGAAGGCUUUUUCAAGGUGGCUGCCGGGUGCUGUCUGUUCCUCAGCUCACCUAUAAACACCUGCACGGCCAUCCUGGAGGGUCGCUGGGCGCAGGAGACGGACCACUUCAUCCAAUCAAUCCUAGCCCACAAUGACCACGGUGACAGCCAUGAGGAAGGGGUCAGCCUGGGAAGAGAAGGUUUGGAGAAACUGCUUCAUGAUAUGGAAGAGUAUUACCUCCCUGACCAGCAUGAUGAGCCCUGUCUCUCACUGACUGACAUCCUACAAGAGAGCAAUGUGACUGACAAAGACCAUCAAGAAGCUGACCAACACACCGACCUGGACGCGGUGUUGGGCAUUAUAAUCUAUCACGUCUUGCGGGGAGACUGCCUGACGGCUCAAAGCCUUCCAGACAAGGAGUUCUUCUUGGAUUACAUAUUCAGCCACUUCAGCUCAGGCAACUUCACAGUUACAGACCUCGAUAAUUUGAUGAAUGCUCUGAACCUGGGUCACAUGACAGGGAACAGUGAUCAUGACCAUGACCAUGACCAUGACCAUAGUCAGGAGGUCCACGAUGGUGGAGAGGGCCUCAGGCACAGUCACGAGGAGUCUCAACUCUCCAACAGCAGCUGGGACGGGAUGUGUUUCAGUGCACAGGAGCUGUUGAGGAUCUACCAGCUGAACAGCUCAGGACUCAGCAGAGAUCAGUUCACCCAGCUAAGCCCCGCCCUGAUCCAGCAACUCCUCAGUAAAGCCUGUGUUGAGACCGGUCCUACCACAGACCCCACCGGCGACAGCCUCAGCAUCACUGAGCGCUAUGUGUACGCCACCUUGGCCAACAUAGUGAUCUGUCUUAUGGCCAUGUUUGGGAUUGUGGUGCUGCUUUGUACUUCCUGCAGCAACCUCUUCCAAAUCUGCAUCCAGUUCUGCAUAAGCCUGGCUGUGGGCUCACUGACCGGUGACGCACUGCUGCAUCUCCUGCCCACGUUUUUGGGCCUCCAUGUGCACGGGGAGGGACAGAGUGAUGGACAUGACCAUUCAGAGGAGGACUCGACUUAUAUCUUCAAGCUGCUGGUGGUUUUAGGAGGAAUCUAUUACUUUUUCCUGAUGGAGAAGAUCUUCUCAAUCAUCACGCGCAAAAACAGCGAACCACAUCACCACGGAGAGGAAGGAGAUCCACACCACUGUGACCAUGGCAAAGUCUUGCAGAUGUACCAGAGAGAGAGAAAGAACAAGUUGUCCACUUCACAAGCUGACCUGGUGGAUGGGGAAAACAAUGUUAAGUCCUUCCCAGAACCAGCCCUUCGCACAAGAGAACAAAAACUACUCCCAUACAUGAUCACCAUCAGCGAUGGCAUCCACAACUUCGCGGAUGGUCUGGCUAUAGGGGCGGCCUUCUCACUGUCCUGGCGAUCAGGACUGGCCACGUCUCUGGCUGUGCUGUGCCACGAACUGCCGCAUGAGCUGGGUGAUUUCGCUGUGCUGCUGCACUGUGGAGUAUCGGUGAAGAAGGCUCUGCUGCUGAACGUUGGGAGCGCUCUUACCUCCUUUAUCGGACUCUACAUCGCACUUUCAGUCUCCACAGAUACUGUAGCCAAAGAGUGGAUAGCAGCAGUGACCACUGGCCUGUUCCUCUAUGUGGGGCUUGCAGAUAUGCUCCCCUCCAUGAUCCAUGCAGACAGCAAGAGGCCAUGGCUGAUGUUUGCGCUGCAGAACUUGGGGCUGCUGACCGGCUGGGGCAUUCUAUUGUUGCUGUCCUUUUUCGAGGACAAGAUAGGCGUCUAGAGAUGCUGUUUUGAGGUGUGAUGGUUAGUUUCAUGUAGGUCUUGCCUCUGUGUUUCACAGUUUAGAAAGCACCUUCCAAUUCGAACAGAUAAAUGCACACAAAGGAAUAGAAAAUCUAGUGAACGUGGUGGAGAAGCUGAUGAUGUCCAGUCCUUUUGCCCUGGCAAUUUGGUAAGAGAAAUAUGACUGGCGUGUUGGAUCACCCGGUGAGUUCACACAUAAGUUGUUUGAAGUUCAUGUUGUUAAA